AUCCAAACAGACGAGGCGAGUGGCUAACCGUGCUCUGCCCUGCCCUGUCCGACGAUGGCCUCCACCUCCAUGGCCAGCUUGUGCUCCUUUCUUUCCUCUCCUCGCCCAUCACCCGACUUGGCAACCGUCCUACUCUCCAUCGCGCCUUGUCGUCCUCUUCGCCGGAGAUGGAGCUGCAGAGCCGGAAGCGGCGGCACGUACGAUUACAGGAGCAGCAAUCCAGUGCAGGCACCUCCGGACCUGCACUUCCUCCCGGAACCGGUGCCGGAGCAUAACAACUCAAGCAGCCGGCUGCGCAUCUUCUCCGGCACAGCGAACCCGACGCUGGCGCAGGAGAUCGCCUGCUACCUGGGGCUGGAACUGGGCAAGAUCAAGAUCAAGCGAUUCGCUGACGGCGAGCUCUACGUGCAGCUGCAGGAGAGCGUGCGCGGCUGCGACGUGUUCCUGGUGCAGCCCACCUGCCCUCCCGCCAACGAGAACCUCAUGGAGCUCCUCAUCAUGAUCGACGCGUGCCGCCGCGCCUCCGCCAAGAACAUCACCGCCGUUGUCCCCUACUUCGGCUACGCGCGGGCCGACCGCAAGAUGCAGGGGCGCGAGUCCAUCGCUGCCAAGCUCGUCGCCAACCUCAUCACGCAGGCCGGCGCCCACCGCGUCCUCGCCUGCGACCUCCACUCGGGCCAGUCCAUCGGCUACUUCGACAUCCCCGUCGACCACGUCUACGGCCAGCCCGUCAUCCUCGAUUACCUCGCCAGCAAGACCAUCUGCCCCAGCGACGUCGUGGUGGUCUCCCCCGACGUGGGCGGCGUCGCCAGGGCACGCGCCUUCGCCAAGAAGCUCUCCGACGCUCCCCUGGCCAUCGUCGACAAGAGGCGGCUCGGCCAUAACCAGGCCGAGGUCAUGAACCUCAUCGGCGACGUCAGGGGGAAGGUAGCCGUCAUGGUGGACGACAUGAUCGACACGGCCGGAACCAUGUCCAAGGGCGCAGAGCUGCUGCACAGGGAAGGGGCAAAAGCAGUGUAUGCCUGCAGCACACACGCCGUGCUCAGCCCGCCCGCCGUCGACAGGCUCUCCGGCGGCCUCUUCCAGGAGGUGAUCAUCACCAACACCGUCCCCGUGCCGCCGCACCAGCAGUUCCCGCAGCUCACAGUCCUCUCCGUCGCCAACCUGCUCGGGGAGACCAUCUGGCGCGUACACGACGACUGCUCCGUCAGCAGCAUCUUCCAGUGAUGAUUAUUAUUACCCUUUACUACAUAUCAUCUGUUUUCGCUGCCCAGCCCAUCACUUAUAUAGCCUCCUAGCCAAGGCAAAAUACCACUACAUUCAGUCACCGCCAUAAACAACACAUGCAUACAGAUUACUAACGUCAAUCCUAACAGAUUUCCCUCUGUAAUCAUAUGAUAUACUACUACACAACACCAAAGAUUGAUUGA